AUGCGCCUGGUCGACGUCCCCACGGACGAGGACACUGGCCUGCCGCUGACCUACGACCCAGAAAUCCUGAAGGAGUACUUCGACCGACUGCCAGGGGUGCAGCUGCAGCGGAUGCUGCAGAUUGUGAGUACCGGCGCUCCCCUGAUCGGCAUGAUCGCCCGGAUCUGA